AUGGCCAAAACAACCCUCUUCACCAAUGGCCGCAUCUUCCUCUCCCCCCUUUCGCCAGGCCAAAACGCCGGCCUGCACACCCCUCCCUCCUUCGCUUCGGCCUUGCUCAUCCGCAACGACACCAUCCUCCACGUCGGCUCCGCGGAAGAUGAACCCAUCACCACCGCCCUCUCUUCCUCAGCAGAAGAAAUCGAAACCAUCGACCUAAACGGCAACUCCCUCCUCCCUGGUUUCAUCGACGGACACAUGCACCUAAUGAUAAUGGGCCAAUCGCUAACCAAGCUCGAUCUCGGCGCCUGCAAGAGCCUGGCAGACAUCCAAUCCACCAUCCGCGCCUACGCCGCUUCCCAUCCAGACGUUCCGCGCAUCUUGUGUCGCGGGUGGAUGCACUCCAUGACUCCCGACGGGGUUACAGCCAGAGACCUGGACGGAUUGGACAUUGACGGACAAGACCGGCCUAUCUUGGUGGAUACCAAAGACCUGCACUCGGCGUGGUGCAACACUGCCGGCAUCAAGGAUCUGGGCGCCCAAGAAUGGAAGGACGUACCCGGCGGAACUAUUGAGCGCAAUGCAGAGGGGAAAGUAACGGGUGUGUUCAACGAAGCGGCCAACAUCACGUACGUGUGGCCGUAUUUAGCAAGGGUGGCGAGCGUGGAGGAGCGGGUUGCUGCUAUCCAGGCGGCCGUGGAGGCGUAUCAUGCUGUCGGGUACACGGGGGCGAUCGAUAUGGCCAUGGACGAGGGGGCGUGGGAUGCGUUGCAAGAAUUAAGAAACCGGUUGCCCGAAGGCAAGAUUUCGUUGAGGAUUGCGGCGUAUUGGUUGGUUAAACCGGGAAAGAAUGACGAGGAGAAUGUGAGGCAGGUGGAACGGGCUAUUGAGCUCGCGAAAGAGUUCAACGCCGACACGACGCCCGAUUGCAGGAUUGUGGGUGUAAAGGUCAUUUGUGAUGGCAUCAUCGAUGCGUGCACUGCGGGCUUGUCGGAGCCGUACGAGCAUAAUGGACAUAGGGAGGUGCCGCUUUGGACGUACGAGCAGUUGGUGCCCGUCGUCAAGAAGGCGGAUGAGGCCGGGUUGCAGGUGGCGUUGCAUGCGAUUGGGGAUGAGACCAUCAAGACGGUCUUGGACGUGUUGAUUGCGCACGCGAGCCCGGAUAGGAGGCCGCGCGUGGAGCAUCUGGAGUUGUCAUCCGAAAAAGAUGCCGAGAGGUUGGGCAAGGCGGGCAUCACGGCAUCGAUCCAGCCGGUGCAUGCGGACCCGGCGAUCCUGAGGGCGUGGCCCAAGUUGUUGGGGGCACACAGGUGCGGAAGGGCUUUUGCGUAUCGCGAGUUUGCGGAUCAUGGGGCGCCGUUGGCGUUGGGAAGUGAUGCGCCCACGGCACCGCAUGCUCCAUUGCCGAAUGUGUACGUUGGAACGACGAGGAGGUCAUACCGGGAGCCUGACUACGAGAUGACGGUCAACCCGCACUUCGCUCUAGGCGUGGCCGAGGCGGUUGCUGCGGCGUCUCAGGGGGUUGCGUAUAGCUGCCGUGAUGAGAACAGGAUAGGGAGACUGGAGAAGGGUUUCAAGGCCGACUUCACCAUUGUGGAUAUGGAAUGGGAAAAGGAGAAGCUGAAGGAGGCAAAUGUGUUAGAAACAUGGUUUGAUGGCAAGAAGGUCUGGUCGGCGAAGAACUGA